AUGCCUGGCUUAAAUUGCGAACUUCCCCGGGAAGGCGAGGAUGAUGAGUCAGAGGCAAGUGGCUUCUGGACACCACCCUCGACCAUCGGCGAAGAUGUCGAAGAAGUGCAGGUACCCAGAAACACCGCCCGACGAGCCACACGGCGCCCUAACACAGCCCGGAGAUCCAGAGCCAGCCGUCCUGGUGUGUUCGCCGUGAGGCGAGGCCGACACCGACAACCUAUAGCCGAACAAGAAUUUAUCGAACUCACACCAUUUGAGCGUGGUCUUACUUUUAACGGCUUCGCUCGGGACCUCGUGCCCGAAAGAAUAGUAGGCCAUCAACUAGAAGGCUACCGGAAGAACCUCUAUUACAGGGUAAAGUGGAGAACUGUCGAGGAACCUAAACUGAUAGAAGCUAGCGUGAUGAAAGCCUAUAGACGGGACCUGAUUGUCGACUACUUUGAAAAGAGGGUUAAAGAGGAUUUUUAA